GAGGCUGGUUGCUACUGGUGAGCAACUGGUUGUACCAGGCAUGCCAGGGUGAUAAAGCCUGAGUUGUGAAUAGCUGUCCGCACAGAGGCGUGUACUCCAAGCAGUGCUCAGAUACGGAUGUUUGUUAAGGGUUAACUGUCCCUCUGGUGUGCAACCCUUGAUUGGAUGGGACAGUUGCAUGAAGAACCCCAGAAUAAGACCAGUCUUCAUCCUCCAAGAGAGCCCUGAGGCUGUUCCUGCUCAGAAGAAAGCCAGACUACAGCAACAACAUGUCUCAGCUGGAAACGGCGAUGGGAAUGAUCAUUGCUGUCUUUGACAACUAUGCAAAGGCUGAUGGCAACAGGCAAACCCUCACCAAAGCAGAACUAAAGACCCUCCUGGAAAACGAAUUCCCAAACUUCCUCGCGUCAGGGAAGGACAAGGAUGCUAUCGACACAGUCUUCAAGAACUUGGAUGAAAAUGGUGAUUCCGAAGUAGACUUCAAAGAAUUUGUCAUCUUUGUGGCAGCUCUGACUUGCUGCUGUCACAAAUAUUUUGAGCAGAUAACUGCCAAAUAAUUGUCAAACGGCUCACAGUUUGACAUGGAGCCUCUGCUCCAUAUGCUAGUGGUAUGGAUCCCUUCAUUUCUUCCAUGUACCACCAUGCAGCUUACAAGCAUGCUGAGCUGCAAAAAUAAAUCCUACUGCGCUUA